AUGGCAACAGUCAACUUGGAAGAUGUGUUGUACACACGGAGUGACGAUGGUGUCGAUUAUGGCGAUGUUGCUUCUCUCACAGACGACGACAUAUUGAGAAAGGUAUUUCGAACGGAAGAAGAUGCAUAUGAUUUCUAUCAGAAGUUGGGGAGGUUUCAUGGUUUUGGAAUUCGUAAAGGGGAUAUGUUUAAGGAUGGAGGUGGGAACCUAAUUAGGCGAAGAUUUUUUUGCAAUAAAGAAGGGCUCAGACAUAGAAAACAUUACAAUCGGGUGGAUAGGAUGAGGCCUCAUAAGCCGGAGACAAGGACAAACUGUGAGGCGAGGAUGUGUAUAUACCUUGACAGGCGCAAUAACAUCUGGAGGGUGAAAAAGGUUAUCACGAAGCAUAACCAUGCGCUCACACAUCCUGGGAUGGUCCACCUAAUUCCAAAUUUUCGGACCAUGAAAGAAGCGGCAAAAGCUCAAAUAGAUGGGAUGCAAAGGUGUGGAAUCUCGACCUCGAAGACGAUGCAGUACCUGGCCGGCAUGGCCGGUGGGUAUUCUCUAGUUGGUUUCCUGAAGAAGGAUGCCUAUAACUACGUCGACAGGAGUAGGCGAGCUAGAAUAUCUGACGGGGAUGCGAACUCGGCGAUAGUGUACCUGGAAGGAAAAGUUGAUGCUGACCCGAUGUCUAUGGCGCGUUAUAAUGUUACCGUCGAUGACAUGCUAGCAAAUUUACUCUGGGCAGACGGUGGGUGCAGGCUUGACUACCAGUACUUCGGUGAUGUUCUUGCAUUUGACUCAACAUAUAAGAAGAACAAGUAUAAUAGGCCCCUGGUUAUUUUUUCUGGUUGUAAUAACCACAAGCAAACGUGUAUAUUUGGGUUUGGUUUGGUGUUAGAUGAGAGCAUCGCAUCAUAUACAUGGCUACUGGAGAAUUUUUUGGAGGUCAUGUGCAACAAGGUGCCAUCGGUUGUUGUGACUGACGGAGAUGAUUCAAUUAGGGAGGCUGUCCGAAGAGUUUUUCCGGAUGCAACCCAUCGGCUUUGUGCAUGGCACAUUGAGAAGAAUGUUACAUCUAACGUCAAGGACAUGGCUUUGCGGCAGCUAUUCAACAGGUGGCUGUAUGCAGACAUGGGGGUCGAUGAGUUUGAGACCGAGUGGGUGGAGGCAUCGUCUGAGUAUGGAUUGAAUGACACGUUGUGGGGGAACCAGGUGUAUGGGAAGAGGGAGAUGUGGGCCAACGCAUACUUGCGGGAUAAGUUUUGUGUUGGGUUCCGGACUACAUCGCGGUGUGAGGGCAUUAAUAGCGUGAUGAAGAAGUUUCUUCAGUCAAAGCACACAAUGCUGGAACUUGUCCAAAACCUUGAGCUUCUUCUUCGGGAGUUUAGGAAUAACGAGUUACUAUCUCAGUUCAGGUCGAUCUAUAGUGACCCCGUGUUGACGACCUCGUUGGACUCCCUGGAACGGUUUGCCGCUAGAGUGUAUACCCGAACAGUUUUCAAUGAUGUGAAGAAGAAACUCGAAGCCGUUGCUUCCGUUAACUUUGUUGGGGUUCGGCGGUCGCUUACCACCAAAGUGUACACAGUAGAUGAAUUCGGGCACCCCGGCCGGCCUAUUGUGGUCUUAUGUGACAAGAAUAUGGGAAGUUUGCAGUGUGACUGUUACUUCUGGGAUACACACGGGUACCCAUGUAAGCAUAUGUUCUUCGUUCUGAAGCACGAGCAUGUGAUGGAGGUCCCGAAGCGUUUGGUGUUGAAUCGAUGGACGAAAGAUGCAAAACAUGUUGGCGAGUACGUGGAGACAAAGUAUGAUGAUAGUGACCGGCAGUUUUUGCUUCGUCAUGGGGCAUUGCAUUCCGCGUCUCAUUGGUUGUUUUUUCUUGGGGCACAAGAAAUCGGUCUAUUCACGGAGGCGAUGAAGGGGCUACAGGAGCUACGUGCUAAACUGGAGGAGAUGUUCUCCAAAAAGGGUGACGGCAAGGGUGAGGUCACGCCCGCGGAACUCCGUGAUCCUGAUGUCGUGCGAACGAAGGGUGCACCAAGGGUGCGCAAACAAAAUCAGAACAGGAGAAAGUGUGCGGCUUGUAAGUUGCCUGGUCAUACCAAACGAACAUGUCCGCUGCGCAGCACGAAAAAUAAGAUAAAAAAGGCCCGUACCACGCGGCUGGAUGCUGGCGACUCUCACGUUGGCGCCGCAUGUUCCGGCGGACACACCACGAAGGUGACCGAGUAUGAGGUAACUGGGUCGAACGAAGAGGUUGGACAGCCAAGUCAUUCUACUCAUCCUCAUCCCAUGGAUGAUCUUAACUUCGGGACAAUCGAUGAGUCCAUAGUGGAGGAGGCCAAUCUCGGUUCUUACGGUCCAGGCUUGAGGGAGGGCACUAUCGGCGGUCUUGAUGUGGAAGACGCCAAUGCAAGGAAGCUGAUGGACAUGGUGGCAUCUCUUGCAAAGUCUUUAUGA